AUGGUUUGUGCUCCUCCUCUCUCAGGAUCAGUUCCUCCAUACUACAGGGAGGUGUAUGACGCCAUCCGGAGUAAGAUAGAUGAACGGGUGCAGGUGGAGGUCUUCCAGAGGUUGCUCAGCAGGACAGAUCUUCCCAGUGCUGUGCAGGGCCAGGUGAACACAAAACGUUUGCUUUACUUGUCACAGCUAUGAUUAGAAUGCCCACCAAAUGUGGAAAGGAAGUUUGUGGUUUGGUUUUUUAGGCUCAUGUUUUUGUUGUUAUGACACAGAAGCACAGACUGGCUUGUUAUGUAUUAGGGUUUUCUAUCCGCUUCCCUUCUUGGAACUCCAAGAAAAGUGAACAAGACAUUCUUCAGAAUAGGAUGUAGACACUAGACAGAAAAUACUUGAAAAACAUCUAGCGCUCUUUGAUACAAACCAUUCAACUCUAUCCAAAGACCCUCUCAAGCCUAUAUUUGUUUUACCACUAAGUACUAAGGGGGUAAUUACAAUACUAGUUCCAACACCAGUUAUUAGUAAGGGUGUUUUCUCCAAACUAUCUCCUUGCUGCCUUUUAAUUAGUGGUAUUUGCUUCAGGAAAGCUUACUCGAAAGUGAUGGUAUUUGAGGGGAUGACGUUUAAAGGUUGUGUUAUUAAGUGCACAUGGACAUGGAAAAUAUAAUGUGUUACACAUUAUCCAUGGAAACACUUCAUAGAUGUAUUUCAGCUGAGGCCUCAUGGUUCAGUUUGAUGUGUCUUACUGUAAUAUAUCAUUACUAAAGUGUUUUCUGCAUUUUCUUCUCAACCACUGCUGGAUUUAGACCUUGGAUUGAGCAACGACCUUUUAAGAGAGUCAUAUUAUGUCCUUGUCUUUUCCAGAUUGCUGAGCAUGUUGACUACACUGAUGGAUUCUUAAGCAAGUUGUCCCUCUAUAAAGCACUGGCGUUGAUUGCACUUGCUCAGCAAGGAAAGCAACCAAGCCCGAAACUCUUGGAGAACUGCAUACAAGGUAAGCCUUUGAACUAGUUGUUUUCAAGUGAGGACACCGUCGAAAAUGUGUAGCUUAAUGAGUAGCUUGACUGUUUAGUAUCUAAGGUCAAGAACCCUUAUGACUCCUAUAAGUUCAGUUCACUAUAUAUUUAUUGUGUGAAGUUGAAUAUGCAUGUGACAAGCUAAAGUACACAUUGCAUUUGCACACAAAGCAAGCAAGUGUGCUGUGCCAAAAAGGUGGUCCUAGUUUUAUCAUAGUGUGUUGUAUGUGUUGGCCGGUUUCCUCUAACCUCUGGGCAUUGCGUCCGGGAAUACACCAGCUCCCCUCCCAUGUCUCUGUAAAAGACAUGGCUCACAACCUUUCCCUGCCCUUUCUUUCCUCUAGAACAGCUCUGUGAAAAUCACAAUGAAAGUUACAGGAAUAACUCUUCCCUCUCUCUCAUGUACACUUGUAUUUCUUGAUUAUAUAAAUCAAUUUACUUUCACAUUCUGCGGCUAGGUUUUUGUUACAGUGUACAGUACCAUUAAGUUGGAGAGGAGGAUGAGUCUUUGAUUUUUCAGAGGUAGCCAUUACUCCGAACGCAGCCCUGAGUUAGAGCUCUGUUCCAAAGCUCAUAUGAUUAUUUAGGGCCCUCUGUGUUAUUUCAGGUGCUGCCAAUAUGGCAGCUGACUGCUUUCUGUGAAACUGAUGUCAUGUUUUCUCUGCUGAGCUAUGGUAGAACUGGUUUCCUGGUUGUUGUAGGAAGUUGAUUAACUCUGCUCAUACCUCUCUGUGAAAUGUGCAAGGAGGAUUGAAUUCAGGAUCACAUUAAUCACACCCUCAUCACUGUUGUUUGAAAGACUAAAGAGACGUUUGAGUUUAGGAUAGAGGCAUUUGUGCUUUCUGAUGGCGUCAAGUCUAGUUUCCUCAAUAUUACGAAAGGUGUACCGCAGAGGUCGGAAUUGGGACCUGUUCUCUUUACUAUUUACAGUGGGGAAAAGUAUUUAGUCAGCCACCAAUUGUGCAAGUUCUCCCACUUAAAAAGAUGAGAGAGGCCUGUAAUUUUCAUCAUAGGUACACGUCAACUAUGACAGACAAAAUGAGAAAAAAAAACCCAGAAAAUCACAUUGUAGGAUUUUUAAUGAAUUUAUUUGCAAAUUAUGGUGGAAAAUAAGUAUUUGGUCAAUAACAAAAGUUUCUCAAUACUUUGUUAUAUACCCUUUGUUGGCAAUGACACAGGUCAAACGUUUUCUGUAAGUCUUCACAAGGUUUUCACACACUGUUGCUGGUAUUUUGGCCCAUUCCUCCAUGCAGAUCUCCUCUAGAGCAGUGAUGUUUUGGGGCUGUCGCUGGGCAACACGGGCUUUCAACUCCCUCCAAAGAUUUUCUAUGGGGUUGAGAUCUGGAUACUGGCUAGGCUACUCCAGGACCUUGAAAUGCUUCUUACGAAGCCACUCCUUCGUUGCCCGGGCGGUGUGUUUGGGAUCAUUGUCAUGCUGAAAGACCCAGUCACGUUUCAUCUUCAAUGCCCUUGCUGAUGGAAGGAGGUUUUCACUCAAAAUCUCACGAUACAUGGCCCCAUUUAUUCUUUCCUUUACACGGAUCAGUCGUCCUGGUCCCUUUGCAGAAAAACAGCCCCAAAGCAUGAUGUUUCCACCCCCAUGCUUCACAGUAGGUAUGGUGUUCUUUGGAUGCAACUCAGCAUUCUUUGUCCUCCAAACACGACGAGUUGAGUUUUUACCAAAAAGUUCUAUUUUGGUUUCAUCUGACCAUAUGACAUUCUCCCAAUCCUCUUCUGGAUCAUCCAAAUGCACUCGAGCAAACUUCAGACGGGCCUGGACAUGUACUGGCUUAAGCAGGGGGACACGUCUGGCACUGUAGGAUUUGAGUCCCUGGCUUUGUUACUUUGGCCCCAGCUCUCUGCAGGUCAUUCACUAGGUCCCCCCGUGUGGUUCUGGGAUUUUUGCUCACUGUUCUUGUGAUCAUUUUGACCCCACGGGGUGAGAUCUUGCGUGGAGCUCCAGAUCGAGGGAGAUUAUCAGUGGUCUUGUAUGUCUUCCAUUUCCUAAUAAUUGCUCCCACUGUUGCUUUCUUCAAACCAAGCUGCUUACCUAUUGCAGAUUCAGUCUUCCCAGCCUGGUGCAGGUCUACCAUUUUGUUUCUGGUGUCCUUUGACAGCUCUUUGGUCUUGGCCAUAGUGGAGUUUGGAGUGUGACUGUUUGAGGUUGUGGACAGGUGUCUUUUAUACUGAUAACAAGUUCAAACAGGUGCCAUUAAUACAGGUAACGAGUGGAGGACAGAGGAGCCUCUUAAAGAAGAAGUUACAGGUCUGUGAGAGCCAGAAAUCUUGCUUGUUUGUAGGUGACCAAAUACUUAUUUUCCACCAUAAUUUACAAAUAAAUUCAUAAAAAAUCCUACAAUGUGAUUUUCUGGAAAUUUUUUCCUCAAUUUGUCUGUCAUAGUUGACGUGUACCUAUGAUGAAAAUUACAGGCCUCUCUCAUCUUUUUAAGUGGGAGAACUUGCACAAUUGGUGGCUGACUAAAUACUUUUUUCCCCACUGUAUAUACAGUGCCGUGAAAAAGUAUCUGCCCCCUUUCUAAUUUUCUCUACUUUUGCAUAUUCUUUAUACUUAAUGUUAUCAGAUCUUUAACAAAAACCUAACUUAGAUAAAGGGAACCUGAGUGAACAAAUAACACUACAAUUACAUAUUUAUUUCAUAAAUAAAGUUAUGCAACACCCAAUGCCCCUGUGUGAAAAAGUAAUUGCCCCCUUACACUCAAUAACUGGUUGUGCCACCUUUAGCACAACCAUGAACCAAACGCUUCCUGUAGUUGUUGAUCAGUCUCUCAUGUCGCUGUGGAGGAAUUUUGGCCCACUCUUCCAUGCAGAACUGCUGUAACUCAGCGACAUUUGUGGGUUUUCAAGCAUGAACUGCUUGUUUCAAGUCCUGCCACAACAUCUCAAUUGGGAUUAGGUCUGGACUUUGACUAGGCCAUUCCUAAACUUAAAAUGUGUUGCUUUUUAGCCAUUUUUAUGUAGACUUGAUUGUGUGUUUUGGAUCAUUGUCUUGCUGCAUGGUCCAGCUGCGCUUCAGCUCACAGACGGAUGGCCUGAUAUUCUCCUGUAGAAUUCUCUGAUACAGAGCAGAAUUCAUGGUUCCUUCUAUUACGGGAUGUCGUCCAGGUCCUGAGGCAGCAAAGCAUCCCCAAACCAUCACACUACCACCACCAUGCUUGACCGUUGGUUUGAGGUUCUUACUGGGGAAUGCAGUGUUUGGUUUUCGCCAGGCAUAAUGGGUCCCAUGUUGUCCAAAAAGUUAUACUUUUGAAUCAUCUUUUGAAACAAUCAUAGAACAUUCUUGCAAGAAUCUUGAUGAUCAUCCAGGUGCUUUUUGGCAAACUUGAGUCAACUUUUUGGACGACAUGGGUGCCAUUAUGCUUGGCAAAAACCAAACACUGCAUUCCACAGUUGACCAAGCUAUGUUAGAGCUGCGAUCAGAUUUUGUUGCAUUACAGAAAGCCCUUGUUGAUUUAAAACUUGUACUUAAUGCGGGCAAAACUAAAUAUAUGUUGUUCUCUAAGAUGAGCUGCAUAUCCACUAAUUGGAUGGUUCUCUCACCGCCUAUAAAUAUCGGAGCGUUUGGAUUGAUAAAAAUCUAACGUUUAAAAAACAUACUGAUUAGCUAGUUAAAAAGCUAAGAUUUAAUGUGGGCUUCUUUUUUAGAAAUAUAUCUUGUCUCUCCAUGAACAGCAGGAAGCAGAUUGUGCAAUCAACUUUCCUGCCAGUUCUUGACUAUGGUGACACCAUUUACCAGACUGCAGUAGCCACUACUCUUAAAUCAUUGGAUGCCAUCUACCUUAGCAAGCUUCACUGACAGUUUUAAUACUCAUCACUGCAUCCUGUAUCAGAAGGUUGGCUGGACCUCACUAAAACCCUGUAGAUCACUUAAUUGCUCCCUUAUUCUUUACAAGGCUCUGCUCCACAAGUUUCCAACAUACCUCACUUCCCUGUUGAAAUAUUAAAAUAUAAGAUUCCAAUCCCGUUCUGAAGUUAACUCUUGAGGUCCCAGUUGUCUCCACAAAGUUUGGUAAAUUUGCUUUUAGUUUUAACGCACCACAGUAAUGGAAUACCUUACUAAACAAAUUACACCUGGAUUCCUUGGUGCCGAUAGGGCAGUUUUAAAACUCUGUUGUUAAAUGAGUUCACUGAAGUGUGCAGUUGUUUCAAUUGUCUAUUAUAACUUGUUGUAAUAAUCUUAUGUAAUGUAGUUUAUUUUUUAUCUUCUGUUGUUGUAUUGAUGACAUUUUUGUCCUCAAGGAUCCUUCAGAUACUUGAAUUCUCCCAUUCACAUAAGGGAGGUGAAAUGUCAAAUGUACACUGGAACAUGCUUGCUUUUCCCACACAACAUGGAUGUGUGUAGUAACAUUUUUAAAUUCAAACCUGCACUACAGGGAAUCAUAAAUGUUGUCUAAUAGUUGAAUACAGCUGGAUGUGUACACUUUGUCUGUGAGCAUAGCUGUGCUGAUUGCCUUCUAGAUAAAUAAGUAGAUGAGAGCAUUGGUUACUCAUGUUUGACUUGGUGUUUGUUUGAAAGAGUUCCCUAAGCCCCAACUUGGUGAGUUCAAGGACCUCCAGAAUCUGAGGAUGCAGCCAACUCAGGAGAGCCCCCUCACGGUGUCCCAGACCCUGGGCAAGCUGCUGGCCAGGGAUACAGUCCAGGUGGAGCUAAUUCCUGAGAAGAAGGGUCUGUUCCUCAAACACGUGGAGUACCAGAUCACCAGCCAGGUGAAGGCUGCAUUUAAUUAUAUAUGAUCGUAACAAAAAUGGGCUUCGUUAGAAGAAGGAAAUUAUUCAUAGAAAAGGUCAAGUACAUACUUUUACCAUGUAUUUAACUUUUUACUUUUACUAGGAAUUUUGAUCAUAACUCCAAAAAGCCAGUAAUUCACUCUGGCUCUAUUGCUGGCUCCUCAAUUAUUUCUGGAUUUUUGGCUUGGUGAAACGAAUGGCUUUAAUCCACGUUAUAAAGGGUCCAUCUAAGAAUUAAUGUAUACAUACUGUACAUUGCAUCGUUUACACUUGAUGCCUCAGCUGAACAGAGCUGGUGUUGUUUCUGUGCAGUGAGCAUUCACAAUCAGUAUGAACCAAAGCCAACGCAUGACAAACACAUCCAUUGUCAAUAUAUUUGUUGAAUUUACAACCCAAAGCAUUAUGUUAUUUUGUACAUCUCGGUUAUUCACUGAUAAUGUUUGUUUUAACUUUUGUAGCAUUUUAAGAUAUCAGUUUACCGGCGGUACAGUGAUUUCGAUGUCUUCCACGAGCUCCUGCUGCAGAGGUUUGCCUACAGAAUGGUGCCUGCACUGCCGCCUAAGAGAAUGCUGAAAGGAGGUAUAUAUAGGAUGUCAGUCAGAACAUUUGCUUAUUAGGAGGAGAGUGAGGCUUUGAUCUGUAGAUAAUAGUGUUCCAAUCUGCAUCAGAGCUGGGGUCCCGCUGCCCCAAGGGAACUCCAAUGGUAUUAAUCCAACUUCACUCCGUGUUCCUACAGCAGAUAUGAACUAUGUCUUUAUAUUAUCAUUAUUAAAUACAAAUGUUAUUACUUUAUGACUGUAUUCAGGGUUGGGCGAAUAACUUGAAAAAUGUAAUCCGUGACUGAUUACAGUUACAUGAUAAAUAAAGUAAUCAGUAAAGUAAUCCUUUGGAUUUCUCAAAAUUAGUAACCUAAUCUGAUUACAUUUGGAUUACUUUUGCAUUACUUUCACUUCUAACACCCAGACAUAUUUUUAAAAUGCUUAAAAAUAUAGCUUUUUUUUUUCUUUUUUUACAUGGGUAUUUCCAAGAAAUAAAUAGUUUAUUCUAACAUCAUGUUCAAGCACAAAUGCAUGAUUCCAGAUAUUUUUAUGUGCAACCUAAACCAGUGAUUGUCAUGAAUUUGGGGUUUGGCAACUAGGCAAUUGUUGUUAUUAUUUUACUAUGAAAAUAUGGUUCCAGAAUUUUCAUAUUUAUUUUGUUCAAUAGAUAAUUAUUUGUCUACAUCUUUUUGGGCACUAAUAUCAUAUAGGCUAAUUUAUUUGGGACUAAUUCCCCAACUGAGGAAGUGGUUAGCUAGAUUGCUAACUCAAAAUAUAGCCUAUUAUAAUCCCAGUUAUAUGUAAUCCGUUAUUACCCAACCCUGACUGUAUUACAUAAAACUGUAAGACAUCAUCUGUUCUCUUUUACGGAAGCAGAACAACUGAUUAUUUUGGCUCUUUAACUGACCUCUGUCUUUCUACAGUCCUGACCUCCAUGUCUGAGCGGGACUUUAUAGAGGGAAGGCGGCGUGCUCUGGCCCGGUUCAUCAACCUAGUGGCACGACACCCCUUCUUCUCAGAGGACGAACUGGUCAAGACCUUUCUCACCUUCAACGGCUCGGUAUGUCUCUGCUACUGAAAAGACCACCUUGCAUCAUCUCUGCUAGUUGUCUUCGCCAAGAUCACUUGUUAUUGGGUUUGCCACGUACUGCUCACACAACUUUACUCUCUCUCUCUCUCAGGACGUUCAAGUGAAAAUGCGUGAUGCUUGCAAGAAAAUGGGAGAUGAAUUCAUGACGAAUAGAAUGGCAACUCUGGCAAAGGUUUGUGUUGUUUCUAUUAUGAAAUACUUGAUCAAAUGACUUAGCUAUUUGAAAUCCUACUGAGAUGCAGCAGUGUGAGUCUUUGUACAUCUGUGCAAUAGGAAUAUCUACCAGCUGAUAUCCAGGCCCAGUUUUCAUCAAGCAGGGAACUGAUCAAGAAUAUCCACAACAGCUUUCACAAGCUGCGGGACCGGGCAGAGAAGAUGGCCGAGCGCUCCAAGGAAAACGCCACUGAUUUGCUAAUGUUUGGAAGGGAGCUCAGGUACAGAACUCAGCAUUUAAGGGCAUAAAGCGCUCUUUCUCUAUCGCCACUCUCUACACAAGUGUUUUGGCCCAAGGAAACGUAUUAUGUUAGCUAUCCCACCCAUACAACGUUUGUGGGGGGGGGGGUUUGGGGAAGAAAAUGUUGGCAAUUGUAAAGGAUUUGUUUUCUUUUCCUUUUCAUGGUUCUCACUUCAAAUCGUUUUUGUCAGCCGAGACACAGUACUGGUCCAGCUUCACUAGAUAUGCUUUCUGUUGCAGUACACUGGGCUCCGAUGGUUCACCCAUUCCCUCUCUGGCCUCAUCCCAAAGCACCUGGGGCAUUCUCCGUCAGUCUCUGAAAGGCCUUUCCGUGGAGUUUGCUCUGCUAGCCGACAAAGGUGCUCAGCAGGUACAAUCCAGCCCACUGUAUACAUACCACCUGCUCUACUGUGCUAUUGCCAAACUCUACCUGCGUGCAAAACAUAAUAAUUUAUUCAUUGAUAUCUUAAGGGGAGGAGAGAAGAGGAUGAUGUUGUGGAAAAACUGAAUCUAUUCUUGGAUUUACUGCAAUCAUACAGAGUAAGUUUGUUUGAGAAAUGAAAAAAUACAGUUACUGAAGAACUAUGGAACAACAUGUUAAUACAAUGUUACUAGUGUAAUUACAAAUUUACUACACAUGUAUAAGAGCAACUUAAUUUAGAGUGUUACCUAUAUAUCUUUGUCCCGUGUGGCUCAGUUGGUAGAGUCAUUUCUUACCCAGUGUGUGUGUGUUGUGUUGUGUUCCAUAGGAUCUGUGUGAGCGGCAUGAGAAGGGAGUAUUGCACGAGCACCAGAAAGCGCUGCAGAAGUAUGGUAUGAUGAAGAGGCAGAUGAUGAGUGCCACAGUGCAGCCCAAAGAGCAGGUGUCUGUGGAGCAACUGGAGUCUCGCAUUGUGCAGGUUUUCUUUCUCAUUCAUUCUGUCUUUCCCUUCCCCUUUCUUUCUCUCUCUCUCUCUCUCACUCUCUUUCACUCAGUGUGCUUGAAAAUGCUGUUCCUUCCUCAUUCACUCAGGGUUGUCACACGUCAAAUCAACACUGUUUUGACAUUAUUAAUACAGCUUUGUCAGCUUCAUAGCACCCCUGCCAACAUGAACACUAUUCAAUCUUCAUUAUGCUGAGACCAAACAUCACAGGCCAACCCAACCUCCCUCGGAGAGACUGUGUCCUCUCUGACAUUGAGAGGAAGGAGGGAACAGCAUUUUCUCAUAUGCCAUCAUUGGGGAGUUGAUUGAUACCCUGGUAUAAGGAUUGAUAUCCUGGUAUAUCCUACCACAUUUCUCAUACUAAACCAUCUUAGGACGAUAUUGCAUUUGACAGUUGGGCAUUUCAGCCUUUAGAAUGGAUCUCAUAUGUCAUGUUUUUCAACACACUGACUCCUACAGACAAGGCCAUGACAGCAUAGUCUUAUGAUCAAUGACUUUGUUCCUCUUGAUAACCAUCAUAUGGUUGUGGUUUGUGAAGUAAUGGUUUGUAUCCUCCCCUAACAGCAAGAGAACGCCAUUCAGACCAUGGAACUGCGGAACUACUUCUCCCUGUUCUGCCUUCACCAGGAGACUCAGCUCAUCUUCACUUACCUGCCCAUCACCUCUCACAUCCUGGGAGCCUUCGUCAACUCACAGGUCCAAGGACACCAAGAGGUGAGACUCACCUGGAAAUAUACAGUGUCAUGCAUGGAUUUCUAAGGAUUGAGUUGAAGCAGUAGAGGUCACAGUUCAUUAGGGGUGUGUGUGGAUUGUAACUAGAAUUGUAAUCUUUAAUAGAUACACAAUUAUAAGAUGAUCGUCUUGGAAUUUUGGUCAGAGGAUGCUUUCACUAUAACAGACUUUUUUGUUUGUUCGAUAACUAGAUGGGUGCAGUGUGGAAUGAUCUCCAGCCGAAGCUUGGGUGUCUCUUUGGUGUCAAUGGAAUGCAAUCCCCUCCUCUUACACCCAAGUAGACUCCCAUGCUCUCUCAACAAGCAAUGAAGAUGCUGCUUUGCAAGCCAAGAUACAGUCAAAGUCUCAGAAGGGACUGAUGGUGAACUGUUUUCAUAAAACCUUGAAAAACACUACAAACUGUGCCUUAAGUAACAGUGGUGUGGUGGAGGGUAAACGCAAGUAGCCUAAUGCAGUUUACUCACCUUUUUUUCUUUAUGGAACAGUUUAUCCACCUUUUGCAGAAAAAUGCAUUGAAGUAUAGGGAGUGUUACUUUUUUCUCUGCUACUGGUGAUCAGUUUACCCGCCUUUUUUUUUUUUACCACUGCAUCACUGAUUUCAAUGAAUGGAUGUGGUCUGCAGCUCAUGAUAUAUUAUACAGUAUGUGCAUCCUCAUUAGGGAUGUCACAGAGGUUGAUCAAAGGAGCUCAUUGGGAAGUGGAAGAGUGCUUUGAAGAAUGUGUGCUGCUGAUGCUGCACCAUCGUUGAUGCUGCUUUGCUGUACGAGAAGAGGACAAUAUUGCUUUCAUAAUUGAUAUACGGGGAACGUUUUGUUGAAAAGAAACCCACAAAAAGCUGGACCUUUCUGUGUUAUUUUGUAGCUCACUGCCUUUACCAUAUGAGGGACUUCUUACCUACACUUCUUGGAGGAUUAUUCAGCUAUGUUGAGGUAUAAUGUAGUGUCUUAUUGCAGGCAGACAAAUGUAAGAAUGUAUGUGCAUGUAAGAAAACACUAAUUAAGCUGAUUGAAGAUGUUGCCACACAGGGAAGAUGUGUUUCCUGGCCGCAGCCAGGGGGUGGCAAUAUACCCUUUGUGUUUAAAAUGACUAGUGUAAAUGUUUAAGAUGUUUAGAAAGAUUCUAAUCAGGGAACAGACUCAUUUCCAAAAGACAGGCAAUCCAAUAUAUAUUUAAGGAAAUGUAGUAGCAGCAUGCUAUUCAAUGGUUUGUUAUAAAGUACAACAUAGGUAUUAAUCAUCCUACUGACCACACUUGUGCAAUUGGGCUUGCUAGCUUGUUGUCUUUAACUUCAUGCAAAGGACUUCAGAUUCUUUGCUUCAAUCGAAUCUUAGUUGCAAUACUGUGAAAAGCUACUUCAGUUUCUACGCCUGAGCCAAGCAAGCUAUUAAGAGGAAGAAGAGGUUUGAUCAAAUUAAAAUAAUGUGUGAUUUAUGGCUGUUAUAACACUCCACGUGAACAUACCAAAGAAACAUGCUACAGUGCCACAUAGUCAUUAGUGUAAUUAUCAUGUAAUGUUUUAUUUCAGGUAGAAAUUAAAUGUGCUCUGUGUUAAUGCUUCUAACCUGUUUGCAAUGUUUCAGUUUCAAUUAAGAUAUGGUGGUUCAGUGUUUUCUCAAUGUAGAUUUAAAUAAAACUAGAUUGAAUAUUUUUCUUUGUGUAUGUAAUAUUCUGAUUUAUCUUGUCCGCUUUUUCAAGAACACACCCAAAGAUUUAUCUUGUCCUUUUAUUCAAAGGUAUACAUUACGAUUCCAUGUCUAAAGAAUAAGAUUGUUGGUAAAGUUUGUCAUUAUUUGAUCUGAUUAAAAGUUUAACCAGCAAUUUUUCACUAACAAUUGAAGGUUUACGUAACCACCCUCUUCUUGCAGGAUGGGCAAAUUGCAUGUGUUUUACACGUAAUUAAUGUACAUGAAUGAGGCUGUGUAAGAAAACAAAAUGUAUCCCUAUUACAACUGAGUAAUAUUAGAGAGCUCCGGGGCAAUACAUUGUUAUUCUAUGCAUUAUUUUUAGUCUUCUCUGUGGAACUGUUAAUUGGUUCCUCACAAGUUCGUAUUAUUAUGUCAUGAGCUUAUCUUUGGCAAGUCUCAGAUAAUAAGAGGAACAAAUGUUUUAUAUGAUCUUUGAGAAAGAAAAGCAGAAAUAGGUGAAGGAUGUAGAUACAGGAAAGUUUAACUAUUGUACAGUUUUAUGUUGAAUCUCACUUGACAUUAAAUAAAAGGUAUCAGAUACCAGCCUCAUUAUUACUCUUAUGGUACUAAAUUGAAUUAAACACGAUGUUGAACAAUCAAAAUCAUUGUCAUUCCAAUUUACCAUACCACCUUUUUGAGAAAGUAACAAAAGAGGUGCAUUCGCACAUACUUCAACAAUUUAAUAUAAACACAAUAGUAGAAUGGGAUACAUAUUGUUCUCAACUGGCCUACCUGGUUAAAU